UCCCUGGACAGAUUGCACAUUGCUUUCGUGCGGUGAGCGGUAAGGAUUUUAUUACUGGAGCCGGCCAAAUUUGUCAAGAUGGAAUUGAUAAAAGAUGGACGUUGCGUUGAGGUGGAAUUAACUGACACAACAAUGACUUAUAAAAGUCGAAGGACUAGUUGCACCAGCAGUGUUGAAGAAGUUGAUGUAAUGACCUUGGACAAGAUUCUGUCCCUGAAAAUGGAGCCAUCGGAGACAAAUAACAAUGCUGGACACAGGAAGCAGUUUACUGUAUGCUUCGCCCGUGACGUGGACAAAACAAACAUGAGAGUUGACAAGGCUACGUUCAAAGGCACGGAGAAGAUUUGCGACAAAAUACUAGCACAGCUAGAGCCGCUGUUGGCAGCGAAGAGACGACCGAAACAGCUUUUGGUGAUAGUGAACCCCAACAGCGGUCGGCGACAAGCAAAGAAAAUAUUUCACAGGAAGGUCGAACCGUUUUUUCAACUGGUGGGCAUCAUGUGCAAGGUUAUAGUGACCGAGCGACCAAAACAGGCACAAGAGAUUCUACAGAGUCAUGAUUUGACAGACAUCGAUGGUGUCGUCACUGUCGGCGGAGACGGUCUGUAUUGUGAGUGCCUGAGUGGUCUGGUGAUGCGCGCCCAGAAAGACGCCGGCAUCGACUACAAUGACCCGGACGCUGAAGUCGUUCCCAGCCAACUUCCCAUUGGCAUCAUCCCUGCUGGAUCCGGUGAUUAUGUGGUCCAGUAUCUCCAUGGUACCCGUGACGUCAUGACAGCUGCCAUCCACAUUGCUCUUGGUAAAAGCGGUCCGGUAAAUGCAGUCAGUGUUCACCAAGAACGACAACUCUCGGCAUAUUCCGGCUUGUUGCUUGGUUUCGGCUUGUUCGGCGACAUCAUGAACGACUGCGAGAAGUUCCGAUGGAUGGGAUCGUCAAGAUUCAACAUCAUCCCAGUGGGGACGGUGUUGCGUCGUCGUAUGUUUGACGUUGAGGUAGAGUACCUCCCUGACGGCGGGUCGGAGUGGGAGCAGACGGAAGGGAAGCUGUAUGGGGUGGACACUUACGUCAUCACAAGAAAACCAAAGCAGGAGAAGAUGGUGCCGUGUUUUGGCGACAACGCCCUCACCCUGUUCCUGACCAGUAAAUGCAGUCUGGCCAAACACGUUCAGCAACUGACCAAAGUCCAGGACCACAAGACAGGAUGUUUUGAUUACGAGUUCGUAGAUCAACACAGAGUUCAAGGUUAUAGAGUGACCUUUCCAAGGGCGACUCUGACGUCAACGGAAGACGGGGAGACCACGUUAGCAGAGAAAUACUACAUCAACUGUGACGGCGAAGUCAUUUGUCUGUCAAAACCCCAGUUCGAAGUCAGACUCCAUCGGAAUGCCGUUCCAUUAUUCGGCAGUGUCCGCGACGCCUUGCAGUGCUGGUAGAUGACGUCACUACCGGGAUCGGAUUACCCGGAUGUUGAUAUUUUGUCAAAGCCGUUGUCUCUCCGCCCGCCACAGGCAUUAACAUCAAACUGUACAGUGACGGUUCUUUGGGGGAUGCAGAAAGUAUACCAGAGAUUACCACAUGACGUCACAUUACAUGACACCCAUACGUCAUAAGACGUUUCUUACAGCUUGUGCUGCACGUGCCAAUCUCAUUUCUCCAAAGAAAAGAAUGGAAACUUCAAGAUGGCGUGUAGCAACUCGUCUUGAAUGUGGGACGGACGUCGAUCGGUGCUGUGAUUUGGGGAUAACUAGCCGAGUUCUGAACGGUGCUGUGAUCUGACCUUGUCAAUAGACUGACCAAAGGUAGACAUUAUUGAACAGUAUAUAGAACACUCUUCAUUCAGGUUGUGACCUUGUAGGAGGUAUGAGCAUUUACCCAUGUCCACCCAACACGCCGUUUCUGACAAUUACAACCAAGGCAACCCUGCGUGACAGUGGUAAACAGCAUUCAUUUCAGAACCAUAAAAAUAACAUAUUUGACAUCCAAAUUAUUUUUUCUUUGAUGUUCUCUUGUCAUUAUUAAUUUUUAAUUGAUGAAAUUUGUUUUUGGUAUUAGAUAUAUCAAACCAAAAUGAUAAAAAAAUAUGAAUAUUGGAUUUGUCUGGCUGUUAACCACGUAGGUGCCGAUGUCAGGACCUCCAUGUGGAUGGCGUCAAUUGAGUGGCGUGAGGCAGGGUGGUACUACUAUUGAUGUAUUGUUGAGUUCCUGACGCCAGCUCAGUUGUAAAUAGACCAAGGAGCUGAGCCAACCGGGAAAAUACCUGUAUUAUUGUUGAUCUCUUUUUGUUGUUAUAUUUUGUAAUAAAACAUAUUAAGUUAAA